ACUUGUGAAUAUACAUAUAUACAUAGUUAUAGAAAACAUAUAUACAGUGUUAUACACAUCAAUCCAUCCAUGAAUCAUCCUUUUUUCUUGUUAUUGUUUCUAAUUCUAUUAUUCUUCAAUGGAGAAGCUGUAGUAAUGCCGAUGAACAGUGGGACACUAGAGCACAUAGAUCCAACGUUACCUUCGGCACGGGCCGGGCAAGAACCGAAAUGCUCCGUGCUUGUUCUCCGGCACGAGUUUGCAAACACUCUAGGCCAUCCUCCAGCCACUGCCAACUUCUCUCAACCAGAAGAAUGUCCUCACCCAUGGAGUCGUGUCGUGCUCGAACUCGCUGUCUCAGCCACUGAUAUUCAAAAAGGCCGUAUGGCAGCUGUAUGGAUCGAUGGCGCUGAGAUUCUCCGAAUGAGCACACCGGUGCCGAUGGCUCCCGGUGCCUUCUGGCGUGUAGAGAAGGAUGUUACAAGGUAUGAAGCUCUUCUUCUCCGGCUCAGCUCCGUGAACGGUGGUGCUCUGUCUAUGAUGCUUGAGAACUCCAAUAAAACAUUGCCGGGAGUGUACCAUGCCAAUGUGACACUCCACUUCUACAGAGGAGUUUUCGCUGAUGCUAGACAAGGAUACACUGCUCAUCCUUCUGUCAAAGGGCUUUACUCACAACCAGCCAACCUCAUCUAUCCAAUCUCUCAAGACUGCUACGGCAAUGGCUUCUGGUUUAGAAUCAACAACGAGUCUCACGUGCCAGUUUCCUCCAUUGCUAUACCAAGAAACACUUACCGUGCUGUCCUAGAAAUCUUUGCUUCUCAUCACUCAGAUGAUGAGUUCUGGUACACCAAACCUUUUCGUUCCACUUACUCUCAAAACAAAGCUGACAAUCACAUGACUACUAUCAAAGGCAAUGGUGCAUUCCGGCAGCUUUACGCCACCAUUGACGGAAAGUUCGUCGGCGGUCACAUCCCAUUUGCAGUUAUAUAUCCAGGAGCAAUCAAUCCUUACUUCUGGUCUCCAGUUGCCGCCAUUGGUGCAUUCGAUAUACCUUCAUAUGAUCUCGAUAUCACACCGUUCCUCGGGAUGUUGCUCGACGGGCAGCUCCAUGAGGUCGGGCUCGGCGUGCGGGAAGCCACCUCACACUGGUUAGCAAGUGCCAAUCUCCAUCUAUGGAUCGACCCGGUAUCGGACAAUGUCGAGGCCGGGCUUUCAGUCUACCGUGCACCAAGACUCAGGAUUCACCGGCACGCGGAAUGGCACGAUGAGAAUGGGAGCUCAGACGUGAGCACAGAUGGAAUAAUGCGGUUCGCCGGAUGGGUGGUCUCAUCCAAAGGGAACCUGACGACAACUGUGAGGAUGAAGGUGAGGUUCAGGAGCAAGGUUGAGAUGCAUGAACACGGUUCGGCGAAGACCGUGGAGAUGAUUCACAAAUCAAGAACAACUCUGGGAGUGAGGCGAGGAGUGAAGUCACUGGGUCACUCAGAUAUGUUUGUUGAGGCACCAUUGCACUUGCAAACCAUGAGGGUGCCGGCGCCUGCCGGCGGCGUUUAUGAGAAGACCAGGUUGACACACCAGUUGAAGGAAUGGGUCUAUGUUGAUAACAAAGAGAUGAGCGGCACUAGCGCCGUGACGGAUAGGCAAGAGGUUGAAGGGUCAGCAUUGUUGCAUGGAGGUGAACCAGUUUGGGGGAGUGGGAGUAUGAAGUCAAGUUAUAAGUACCGUGAUGCUGAGGAAUGUCAUAUUAGAGUGGUGAACACUGAAGCAGGUGUUGUUAAGUUUGAUGCUACUAGUCGUUCUUGCUCUGCUGUAGCUGAUGUUUAAUUAGAGAAGUGUUUUUUUGUGGUGUUGGUUUGGUGGGAAUAAGGUUUUUUUGGUG